UGUUUCCUUCUCGUGAAUUACGAGAUUUCGAGAUUACUAUUUUCAGAACAAGGUAUCUAUCUCGGUUUUAUUUCAAGCGUCAAUGAUCUCUCGGUGAAAAAGUGAUAUUUUAUAUAUUUUCAGUGUAAUCGGAUUGGUCUGUUUGGUGCUGUUGUCACGAGGAAUGUGUGAAAUAUACUCAUUACUCUACGUUGAAGCAAAAUCUUUGUUGAACAUGAAAAUGAAGGAGGGAGUUGAAAUUCAGCAGAUGAUGGCGGUGGAGAGCUGUUUGUGCACCUUUCAGUGCAUGCGACUGAGGAUCGUCUAAGCAUAAGGAUAGCAACAGAAUCGUGCAUGUGUUCUUUCAGGCACUCUAAACAAUAUCGUAAUUCGUAAAACCUGAAAAAUCUUUGUAUGCAGUUGGCUACAAGUUGUGUCGUCGAAUUUUGUAGUGUGCAUUGUCAUUAAACCGGCGGACGAUAAAGCUAAACUUCAUCUUUUAUAUGGAAUUUGGCAUGCGACUUAUGAAGCUUUUCUUAAUGUACUGUUCAUUGAAUGUUACACCAGGCGCAAAUAAGGGUUGACCUGGAAUAAUAAAACGACGCAUGCGUAGAAAAGUAAAGUGUUGUGCGUAAAGAAUCUUAUCGGAAAGAACAGUUUGCAUCAUAGUUAGUUACUUGUCACAGCUGAACUGAAAAACGAUCAAAUUUAAAUUAUGGAACAAUUCACUCGUCGCGUACUGUAAAUAUCUGCUCCCCAAGACAAGUUGUGAAAGGUUAUAGGAAGUGCACGAUAAGACAACAUGUCUUCGGGUACGUUUGUGGAUAGAAUAGAUCCGUUUGCGAAGCGUUCCUUAAAGAAGAAGACUAAAAAAUCGCAGGGCUCAUCGAGGUAUCGGAAUUCGGCAGAUUUAGAACUACAGCCCCUCCCUCUUCUAAAAGAUGUCCCUUCAUCAGAACAAGAGGAACUCUUUAUUCGCAAAUUACGCCAGUGUUGUGUGGCAUUUGACUUUAUGGAUCCUGUGGCCGACCUGAAAGGAAAAGAGAUCAAGCGAGCAACCCUCAAUGAACUUGUUGACUAUAUCACUGCAGGUCGGGGUGUCCUCACAGAACCAGUAUACCCAGAGAUUAUAAAGAUGAUCUCUGCCAAUCUCUUCAGGACACUUCCGCCAAGUGAAAACCCUGAUUUUGAUCCAGAAGAAGAUGAUCCCACGCUGGAAGCAUCGUGGCCACAUUUACAGCUGGUAUACGAGUUUUUCCUGAGGUUUUUGGAGUCGUCCGAUUUUCAGCCAACUAUUGGAAAAAAGGUCAUAGACCAAAAAUUUGUACUUCAGCUGCUGGAUUUGUUCGACAGUGAAGAUCCUCGAGAACGAGAUUUCCUUAAGACUGUGCUUCAUCGUAUAUAUGGCAAAUUUCUUGGGCUCCGUGCAUUUAUUCGUAAACAAAUAAAUAACAUCUUCCUAAGGUUUGUCUAUGAAACUGAACACUUCAACGGAGUCGGUGAGCUACUUGAAAUUCUAGGAAGUAUCAUCAAUGGAUUUGCACUGCCACUGAAGAAUGAGCACAAGCAGUUCCUUGUUAAAGUGCUACUACCACUUCAUAAAGUAAAAUGUCUCUCUCUCUAUCACGCGCAGUUGGCUUAUUGUGUUGUGCAAUUCCUGGAAAAAGAUGCUACCCUUACAGAACCUGUGGUGAAGGGGUUACUGAAGUUCUGGCCUAAAACCUGCAGUCAGAAAGAGGUAAUGUUUCUUGGAGAAAUUGAAGAAAUUUUAGAUGUUAUUGAACCAACACAAUUUGCGAAAAUACAGGAGCCACUUUUUAGACAAAUUGCAAGAUGUGUUUCCAGCCCUCAUUUUCAGGUUGCUGAGCGCGCUUUGUACUUCUGGAACAAUGAAUAUAUCAUGAGUUUAAUAGAAGAACACAACAAUGUGAUAAUGCCAAUAAUGUUUCCGGCUCUGUACCGAAUAAGUAAGGAACACUGGAAUCAGACUAUUGUGGCCCUUGUGUACAAUGUGCUCAAAACAUUCAUGGAGAUGAACAGCAAGUUGUUUGAUGAGCUCACAGCUUCAUAUAAAGCUGACAGGCAGAAUGCACCAGACCAAACUUUGGCCAAUAACAAAUGAUUAAUGACGAGAUUGAGGUUUGCAGCGUAUCGAAGGGAAAAGAAGAGAGAAAAAGAAAGAGAUGAGCUGUGGAAAAGGCUUGCAGAACUGGAGGUGAAUAAUAAAGUAAAAAAGAAAUAACCCUAACAUGAUUAAGUGAUGUACUAUAAAGAAGAAUCAUAGAACUUUAUUUGCUGUUAUAUUUGUUGUGUGAUGAACGUGUGUGGUGACCAGACUAAAAGCUCUCGGUGAUUGUCAGUGUUAGUCUGGUAGAGCAAAUGAGAAAAGCAGCAGCCAGAUUGGUGCUAAGCUAAAUUUGUAAGAAUGUGAUUACUUCAGCUUCUAACUUGUCUUGAGAGUUGGGAACAUGAUGUCAGAAGCUAGAAGCAGCAAGACUGGGCGGGCGGGAUUAUUGUUCACCUCUGUGUGUACCUCCAAACCCAGAUAAUUCUUAGCGGAUAAACUGAAUAUUGAUGUGCAUCCACCAAGUGCUACUGUUCUGCACAAAUUGUUGGCAUUUCCACUGACUGAAAUCUUAAUAAAUAUUAAAUAUAUUUGAUGAGAUAUUGUAUAGCAUGUAUACAUUUAAAAAUGCCUCAGAAAAUAAAUCUGCAACAAAAUUAAUGUGUAAAUCAAAAGUUUUAUUUAAGUGUGCUUGUAGGCAAUUUGUUUACUUUUCAGAUGAUUGUAAAUUCAUCAGUGCUUCUCCUUUCUGUUUAAAGUUCUGUUUUCUGAUUUUUUUCCCCAAAAUCCAAAUAGUCAAAGUUUCACAGUUUAUUUUUGUGAUGUUGGAGUAGAUAUUUAUGGUAAUACAACAUUAAAGAAAACAGUUUUUGCCUAUAUGACCUGUCAGUCUUUUAUAAAAGAUAUCAACUGAGCCUUCGGAUGUGUGGAGCAGGCUUUGGGUGCCCCUUUUUUUAUUUCUGAAAUGAAUUCUUUCACAUUUUUCCAUUCCCUCCCCCUAAAAAAUAACUUUGUGUGAAACAUUACCUGCCAACAUCACUUUGAAAUUGUAACAUUUGUAAAUGAUCAGAAUUUUGUAAGUGCUAAUUGUUUUUGGAAAAGAGAGUGGAUGACUGCACAUUAUUUAUUUAUUUAUUUAUUUUGAAGAGCUGAAUUUGUUAGGUAAUAUUGGACAAUUUUUUCCAGUCUGCUGCUGAGUGACUGUAAUGUCAUAGUAUUAGCAAUCACAUUGUUGUUCAAAUAUUAAAAAAGUAUAUAUGUAUAUUCCACAAAAGAACUGUAUUCAUCAGUCACCUAGUUGUUGGACACUUAUUAGUUUAAUAAAGAAAUGCUUAAUGUUUUA